AUGGGGAGUGUUUGUGAUGAUGAGAUCGAGAAGGGACGGGGAGGACCGGCCUGUUGCCCGGUGACCAAUAUUUCUAUUGUCCUGGAGCGUAUACUCAACCAAUGCCUGAAGUAUGUCCCAGCACAUCUGAAAAACACGCUGGAAGCACUGGAGGAUAUCCGGCAAGUGUAUCCCGACCUACAAGCCCCAGCGGGGACCAUCAUCGUUACGAUGGACGUGGUCGCUCUUUACCCAAGUAUCCCUAUCGCUGAAGGGGUGCAGGCGGUUGCUAGAGUCCUGCAGCAGCACAUCGAGUCUGUUGACACAUUUGGUUUAAGCGUGGAGCAGAUCGAAGAGCUGUUAACCUUCGUUCUAAGAUCCAAUUAUUUCAGAUUUGGUGAGAAGGUCUACCACCAGAGGGAAGGCAUCGCCAUGGGUAACAACCUAGCGCCCCCGUUUGCGAUUAUCUUCAUGCAUGACCUCGAAACCUCGCUGUUGCUAAACUCGCCUGGUGCUCCCGUACUCUACAAGCGUUAUAUUGAUGACAUCAUUAUGCUGUGGACACUGGGGGCCGCGCUUCUCCGCCAGCUGAUUGCGUUCUUCAAUACCGCCAAUGCGAGCAUCAAGUUCACGUAUCAAUCUUCGGAGGAAACUGGGUCGGUUGACUUUAUGGACACGACUAUUCAUGUCUCCUCCGAGGGCGCAAUAUCAUUCGAGCUGUUCCGCAAAGCUUGCCACAGUGGCCUCGUCUCAGACUUCAACUCCUGCGUUCCGCAACAGCAAAAACUCGCCAUCGCGUCUUCGGAAUUCCUCCGCGCGGCCCGCCUUUCCUCUGAUCCUGCAGCCCGCCAGCGAAGUGAGCAAAAGGUUAUUGACACAUUAAAAUUCAACAACUUUCCUGACAAAGUGAUCGCGACUGCUCAGGAACGAGCCAGACGACCUGCUAAACAGAAGAAAGACUAUCGAUCCACGUUGAAGUUACCAUUCAAAACGGAUGCCAUCCACUACAGGGUCCACCGUCUUCUAAACAAAUACAAUCUAAAUGUACAGAUAAUCUACAAGAAUGCAAGGCUUUCCAACAGCGUCACUAAGUCCAGCCUCACUGGACCUUGCUGCCUUCCACGAGUUGACCGCUUAGAGGUGGGCAAAGGGAAAUGA